GGUUUAUCCGAUUUCUGAUAAACUGACAAGCACGUUGGUUUUUACGGAUUUCAAUUACAGGGUGGCCAAAAAUCUGGAAAACCGGGAAUUGUCAGGGAAUUUGUAACGACCUGGAAAAGUCAGGGAAUGUCAGGGAAUUUUGACAGAAAGUCAGGGAACUUUAUUCCGCUUACGUUGUUCGUGUUUGCUGUGCGGCUGUGAUGACUCUCUCUAGCGCAUUUCCAGUGAACUAUUUGUUGAUUGUUUCACCUGACUUCCGCUACUGGCGCUGCUAUCGGCGAGCGGCGCUUGGUGAAAUGUGAUUGGUCGUUUCUGCCGCUGAUGAUUUCUCUCGGUAAUACGUGCAAUGCGGGUUGCUUACCUAUCGUCUCGCCAAAAAAAUUCUUAUGCGCGGACCGUCUAUGGUUUUGGUUGUGACUGUUCUGUUGUGCUUAGUGACAUAACCUCAACUUUUUUCUCUCGUGAUCUCGCACUCAUACCGCGGUCUAAAUGCUUCGACGAAGAAUGGACUCAAGCAGCAAGUUUUGAAUGCAGUAAUCAUGAAGCCGAAACACACCCGCUACCAAAUAUCCUGGUCUUUAGACCCUGCACUGUAUUGGGCUGUUGCAGACACAGCAAGUGUUCAUAACGCCAGAUGUUCCUUGUGCAACACGUCCAUUUCCCUGAGCAAUAUGGGCAAGCAAGCAUUGUUAAGUCAUGCUAAAGGAAAACGACAUGUAAGUGCAGUUAGUGCGCAAACCCUGUCAAACUCAUUGUCAAAUUACUGUAAACCUGUGUCCUAUAGCACGAAAGAAACUGUCAGAGAUUCUAGCACGGGUUCCGGUGAAACAUCAUCUGUUUCUGUCACAUCAAAAGAGGCAUCAUCUGUUUCUGUCACAUCAAAAGAGGCAUCAUCUGUUUCUGUCCCAUCAAAUAAUACUAGUUCCAUAGGACCUAUGAAUCUUUAUGUUUCCAAAGAACUUGUAGCCAAAGCAGAAAUACUCACUUGUUUGAACGUUGUUAAGAACCAUGUAUCUUAUCAAAGUGCGGGAUCUAUUGUAUCACUUGAUCCGAUCAAGUAUCCGGAUUCAAAUAUUGCAAAACAAAUACACCUGCAGAGAACUAAAAUUUCUUAUUCAAUAGUAUAUGGUUUGGCAUCCUAUUUUCAUCAUAAUUUACUAAAGACUCUCCAAAAAUGUUCUGAGUUUACCAUUGGUUUCGAUGAAUCUCUAAAUAAAGUAGCCCAAAAAGGGCAGAUGGAUGUAAAUGUUAUAUAUUGGUGUGCUGACACCAAUGAAGUCAAAACCAGUUACUAUUCAUCAGCCUUCCUUCAGGGAGCCAAAGCUAUAGAUUUAUUAGAAGGUCUAAUUUCUGUUAUUGAGUCAUUGAAUUUAGAGAAAGUAAUGAGUGUUUCAAUGGAUGGGCCUAAUGUAAACAUAAAAUUUCUUAAAGAUUUCGAAAAUCUUAUUUUAGAGAAGAACCCUCUCGCCAAAAUGUUAUUAUUUAUUGGUACCUGUGGAUUGCAUGUGUUAAACAAUUCUUUUAAAGUUGGUAUUAAGGCAACAAACUGGAAGCUGACAUCGUAUUUUUCUAACUCUUAUUAUUUGUUUAAAGACAAGCCCACCCGAAAAGGACUGUAUACCCAAUAUUCCGGUAGUGAAAUUUUUCCCAAAAAGCACUGUUCUGUAAGGUGGCUAGAGAAUACGGAAGUUGCCUCUACGGCUAUUCUAACCUUACCGCAUAUUAGAGCUUUUAUAAAAGGUGUUGAAAAUGACAAAAACGAGCCGGACAGUGACAGUUAUAAAAGUGUCAAACAAUUUGUUAAGGAUCCUCUUCUAAAGCCAAAAUUAUGUUUUUUCCUCAGUUAUUCCUCAGAGUUUAAGGAAUUCCUCACUAGAUUCCAGUCAGAUUGGCCAUUAGCACCGUUCCUAUAAAGGCACUUGCACAGGCUCUUGCAAGAACUUUUAAUGAAAUUUGUAAAACCAUCAGUGAUUAAAGAAGCUGAUUCUAUAACCAAAAUUGACCUGAAAAAACAGGAAAACCUCCUUGCAGCUAAUAAAAUUAUACUGAGUCCGUCGACCAAAAGGGCUCUCGCUGAAAUUAGGGCUAAUAAUAGUGUGAAAGACAAUGACAUCCUUCUUUUCAGAGAAGAAUGCAAGAAAGCACUAGUUGCAUCGUGCACAAAAAUUGUGGAAAAGAGCCCCCUAAAAUUUAGAUUAACAAGGGGCAUUUCGUUCCUAGAUCCCACAGUAUGUAAAAGUAUAUCGUCUCGAGAUCACAGAUUUAACACUUGUAUUGAUGAAUUCAUGGACAAAAAGAGGAUCUCACCCUUAUUGGCAGACACAUUAACAAGAGAAUUUGGUAGAUUAUGUUCCUUCCCAAGGUAUGAAGAGCUUAUAUCAUCCUUUAAAGGCGAAGGUAAGGAGCGCCUCGACCAUUUCUGGAUCAAAAAAAUGAUUGGGACCUAUGAUAAAUGUAACCCCUCCUCUAAAUUAAAAGAUUUAAGUGCAUUUUUUAAAUCAAUUUUGAUACUUGGCCAUGGAAAUGCUGCCCUUGAGAGGGGUUUCUCUGUGAACAAGGAAUGCCUUAUUGAAAACCUAACUGAAAAAUCUUUAGUGGGUCUAAGGCAAGUAUAUGACGCUGUAAAGUGUGAAGAUUUAACUUCUUUUGACAUCAAUAAAACAAUGAUAAUGUAUCACAAAAAUUCCUCCAGUGAAUAUUUGAAAGCUUUAAAGAAUCAAAAGAAUUUGGUUGAUUCACAAAUCCAAAAUUCUCUACAAAGUAAAAAAAGAAAAGCUGAAAUUGAGAAGCUUUCAUCUGAAAAAAGGGGAAGAAUUGAAGAGUUAAAUGCUCUUGAAGAGAAACUCCAAAUCUUAAAGUCGAAACAGUUAGACUAAUUGUUGAGUUUUCCAUUUCUGAUAGAAGCAGCAGUCCAUUAGUCGCCGUUGUGCCUGUAAAGAUCUCUUUACAAGGUUUUAUUUAUUUACUUAUUUUUUUUGUUGAAAAAGCAAGUCUCUUGUAAAGUACAUGUAAAUCAUGUACAUGUGUACAUCUUGUCAAGUACCUCUAGUGGUACUUUGCCUGAUUUAUUUAUCUUAUGGUAACGCAGAAACCUUUAAACGCAUUCUAUGUUCCCAAUUAAAUUAUAAGAUUUGUUCUCAUUAGUUUUAAGAAACCUUUGUUACCUUUUAGUAUGUAACACAUUUUGCUACUUUAAAAUACUAGUCAAUCGUGACUGUCUUUUUUUCAGAAGGUACUAACCUUUUUUUGUUGAUUUAAUAUAUUUAAAAUAUUGUGCAGAGUCAUAAAACUUCCAAUUUGUUUGUGCUCUGAUGGUAAUUAGGCAUUUUCACUUUCAAGUUAGUAAUACCCAUAGUUUGUAAUGGUUUCUUUAACCAAAAGAAAAUUCACUUCACUUAUUUAUUUGACUGAGUUAUUCGUUUGUUGUUCACUGUCAGUAUUGCAAGUACACAAUAUAAAAUUGCUCAUUUCUAAGCCUUCAAAA